UCAGCAAGCACAAAGGGGAAAGAGAGAAAACGAAAAGAAAGUAAUAUCAUUCUUCCUCUUCGCAACGCACUCUGAAGCAGAUCCAGAGAGAGAGAAACGACGUCGUUGAGUGCAGAAUGGAGAAGGGAAAGGGGUUGAUGGGAUCAGGUGGAAGAAGAUGGGGCGUUGACCUCUCAGACAAUUCCACUUCUCGCGAUAUUCCCGAUCCUCCUGGUUUCUCUCGCGCUUCUCUCGACCAGGACGAUUCGUCGCUCAGUCGCCAGAAGAAGGACGCUGAAUCCAAUUGGAAAGCCCAGAAAGCUUGGGAGGUAGCACAAGCCCCUUUGAAGAAUUUGCUGAUGAUGGGGUUCAUGAUGUGGAUGGCUGGUAGCACGGUCCACUUGUUCAGCAUUGGGAUUACCUUCUCCGCUCUUUGGCAACCCAUUAGUGCCCUGCAGAGUGUCGGAAAGAUGUUUGAGCCCUACAAAGACAAUAAGGUGGAGCUUCUUGGUCCCAAGUUGUUAUUCAUAGCCCUUAAUUUGGGUGGCCUAGCAUUGGGUGUUUGGAAGCUCAAUGCAUUGGGGCUUCUUCCUACGCACACAUCAGACUGGGUCUCGUCCUUGGCACCUGCUCAGGAGGUGGAGUUUUCAAGUGGGGGUGUAAAUUUGGGUUGAUGUGCCAGUUCCUUUCAUGCCUAACUUGACUUGGAUGGAUUUCAAGUAAACAAGGAUAAGGAAUCAGUUUCGAGUGGUUAAAAGCAUAUUUUAAUGGCUAUGAUGGACCGCGUGAAGCAUGACUUGUUUUCAAUUUCAAAAAAUGUUGUCAAUGCUUGCAGUGAUCAAAAUUGGACAGGAUUUGUAGUAGUAGACUGGAAGUUUUUCAAAUAAUUAAGAAGUGUUUUCUAUUUAUAUUUAGGAUUCUAAUAUUUGCACAUUAUAAUUUUCUACAUGUCGAUCAUCAGUUUUCAUAUGAAAGAAAAUGAUGUGCAAGAAUCUCCUUACAUUUAAUGUGCAAGAAUCUCCUUACAUUUA